AUUAUAUGUUGUGUGUAUUGUAAACAUCAAUAUCAUGAAAUGGACUAAAUAAAUAUAAAAGUAACAAAAUAUUUAUCUUUGAGAGAUAUAUCUUUUCAGAUCUUUAAAUAUUUUUUCAAUUAAAUGAAAUGUUAUUAGGAAUAUCUUGAGAAUACAAAAAAUCAUGAAACAUGAUCUUAAUACAAUUUACUUCAAGCAUGUAUAAAUUCUUGAAUUAUUGUAUUAUUUGAAAAUAUAGAUCUCAAUGUAAUCCAAUUUGUUUCGAGAUAUUACAAGUAUCAAUCUGACAUUCUGAAACGAAAUAUGCCACGUAGCUCUUACCAGGAUUAACUAAACUCCUGCAAUUUCUUACCGUUCGUGAUUCCCGGAAGUAACACUUUUGCAAUCUUGACAAUAAGGCUGUAUCUUUUCGUAUUUCUCAGAAAUAGCUGAUCUACUCCAACUUUGUCCAUUUCCGACACUGAUGCUGCUUGCCAGGAUAUCGAAAAUAGGAUCAUCCUCAACCGUGCUUACGAAAUCUGUUGUCUUGACGACUUUAUCAGCACUGAGCCUCCAAGAAGUUCUCGAGUUGGUUAGUUUUGCCUGGAGUAUUAGGAAACAAAAAAAAUAGCCGACAACACGACCAUCAACCCCAAUAACUUGCAUCCUCUCACUUCACAAAAACCGAUCGAACACGUUUCUAACUGUAGAAAAAUCGUCUGCUUCACUACGGAAAGAUGAUUUAGAUUUUCAUCCAGGAUUAUUGAACUAAUUGCCAACAUUUAUUUUCACUAUUAUAAUAUCCCCAGAAAUUUUAGAUUAUUUCAUUUAAUUUUUCAAAUAGAAUCAAAUGUUAAAGAAUUUUCUUUAAAAAAUAUGUUUAUUGAUAUCUUGCAAGAGCCAAAAAGAUAAUAAUCUAAAAGUUAAUGCAAUAGUUAUAAUCGAUUAAACAAUAAACAAUUAUUUUUCAAUAGAGAAAUAAUUAAAUGUAAACAAGCGUACACAAUCAAUGACGUUAAAUGAUUUUUUGUUAUAAAAAAUAGUUACAAAGUACGUAAUGUUACUUUACAUUUAUCAUAAUUUCAUGUGUUUAAGCAUAGUUAGCACUUGAAUGAAGCAAGAGUUCCCUUAGAUAACUCUACGUUAUAGUUCAGUAGAUUCUUUCACAAAACAACACGAAUUUCAUUUACACAUUUUUUGUGAAAAUAUGGAGAAUGAAACAGAUACAAAUAAUAUUGAAAAAAUUGGAAAUGUACAGUAUGCAAAAGUUUGCGAUCAGAAAACUUGUUUUAAUAAAAAAUUAUCGGAAUUGCAUCCAAAUUUAAGUAAACAUCAGCUGAAGAAAGUAAAAAAAAAGGAAAAAUGGUUAACACGAAAGGUUGAGCGAAGAUUACGUGAACGAGAAAAAAUAAGACAAAAACGAGCGUUCGCUCGUGCAAAUAAUAUAGAUCUUGGGCCAUCCAGGAAAGCUUUAAAGAAAAGCACAAUGGCAGAUAGCAAUUGUAAAAUUGGAAUAACUAUUGAUUUAUCUUUUGAUGAUUUAAUGAUCGAUAAGGACAUUGCAAAAUUAACUAAACAGAUACUAAGAUGUUAUACUUUGAAUAGACGAGCUAUUGCACCAAUGCAAUUUUCCCUUACUAGUUUUAAUGGAAAAUCAAAAGCCGAUAUGCAAAAGCACAAUGGAUAUGAACAUUGGGAUGUAAAAUUUCAUGCAGAACCUUAUUUGGAUAUUUAUCCAAAGGAAAAAAUUAUAUAUCUUACUAGCGAAUCAGAAAAUGUAAUUACUCGGUUAGAACAUGAUUAUGUGUACGUUAUAGGUGGUCUUGUUGAUCAUAAUAGUCAUAAAGGCCUUUGUCAUAAAUUAGCUUUGCAAGCUGGUGUGAGACAUGGCAGAUUACCUUUAGAUAAAUUUUUAAAUAUGAAGGCAAGGAAAGUUUUGACUGUUGAUCAUGUAUUUGAAAUUUUGCUUAGAGUUAGUGAAGGAAAAACAUGGCAAGAAGUCUUUCUGCAAGUUUUACCAGAAAGGAAGAAUGCACAAUUAAUUGUACCAUUAGAAGAUAAUAAACAUACAUUAGAUAUUUACAAUGAUAAGAAAGAUAUUUUUCAUGUAAAUAGUGAGGUAGAAUCAAUUAAUGAAUUUAAAAGUAUAAAUACAUAACAAAAAUAUGUUAUAGAUAAGAAAGUAAAUGUAAUAUUGUAUAUAAUUUUAUUUUUUAUUAAUUAUUUUAUUACCAUAGUAUAUUUUAUAAAAAGUACAUAUACAUACAUCAAUUGAUGUAUACACAUGUAAAUUAUUAUAAAUAAAAAGUACAUAUAUUUAAAAUAUAUUAAUAAAACGACAAAUUUUGUUUCUAAGAAAUUGAAUAUUAAGUACAUUAAUUAUAUAUAUGGGAUAUUAAAUGGAGUAACACAUAUCACAAAGCAUCAAUGCACAUAAUUUAAAUAAAGUAAAGAUGUUUGUUUUUAUUGAAGGUAAUUUCACAGAUUUACUUUAAACAUGAUAUCUCUUAUGCAAAAUGAUAAAGUGAAGGCAAAACAAAAAAUGUUCAAACUUUAAAAAAAAAUUUGGAUCAAUUUUUCUCAAAUUUUGCAAGAAAAUUUCAAAAAUAUUCUAUAUUUGUAUACAAUUUAUAUACAUUUACAUUAAUAUCUAUUAUCAUUUACACUAUUACUUUAUAGAGCAAAGUUACAAGAAUAAAUUAA